AUGGCAACAAUCACCCAGUCAGUUUCUACAGCAGUCGAGUUGCAGGAGCGCAAUCAGGUUGGAGGGAGACUUACCAAGCAUACUGGGGAUCCGACACCACCGGAGAAUUCAGAUGAGAUAUUACAGGCCUCGCUCGCAGCGGACGCCGAGGUUCCUGAUGGGGGCUACGGCUGGGUAGUCAUUUCUGCAUGCGCAGUAAUUACCUGGUGGUUCAUUGGAACCUCCUAUUGCUGGGGUGUCCUGCAGGCGGCAUUGGUUAGGGAAGGGCUAUCGUCGUCUUCUACCCUGGCUUUCAUCGGCUCGCUUGCCACAGCAUGUAUUUCCUUUUUGGGCAUAAUCAACGCCAAUAUCAUCCGGAGAUUAGGCACUAGGAUCUCGGCCGUACUCGGUAUCUUCUUGCUCGGCCUGGGACAGGUUCUCAGUGGCUUCGCCACCAAGAAUGUAGGUGGCUUGUUUGCGACUGCCGGUGUUCUCUUCGGCCUUGGAGUCAGCAUUUGUUUCAUGGUGGUCUCUGCGAUCCCUGCGCAGUAUUUUAGAGCAAAGCGCGGUAUCGCUAACGGGAUAGUUUACGCCGGAGGGGGCCUCGGGGGUACCGUCAUUAGUUUCAUCAUGAACGCCUUGCUUGGUAAGGUGGGAAUAGCGUGGACCUUCAGGAUCAUUGGUUUUAUGAUCUGGGCUACGGGCCUACCAGCAGCGUGCUUCAUUAAAGAGCGGGUCCCAAUUCGGCGCACGCAAUUUGUGGAAUGGCGACUCUUCCGUGACAUUCGAUUUUCCUUGCUGUUCGCAGCCGGCGCGAUUGCAACUUUCCCGCUUCUUGUUCCCCCUUUCUUCCUUCCGUUAUACACUGAAUCGAUGGGAAUGACCUCGGGAGCAGGCGCAGGAGUAGUAGCUGCAUUCAACUUCUCCUCUGCGGUGGGAAGGCUGAUGUGCGGCUUCUGUAGUGACCGGUUGGGGCCGCUGAACACCCUUUUCAUGUCUCUUUUGCUCAGCGCCCUCAGCAUCCUGGUCAUUUGGCCUGUUUCGACGUCCAUCGGCCCAUUAAUUGUCUUCGUCAUUAUUAAUGGAAUGGCCAAUGGUGGGUUCUUUUCGACCAUGCCGACGGUCGUUGGAAAUGUAUUUGGCUCCGCCCGAGUAGGCGUCGCAAUGGGCAUGAUCGUGACCAGCUGGGCUGGAGGUUAUUUGAUGGGCGCUCCAAUUGCUGGGUAUAUCUUAAACGCGUCUGGCGGAGAGGAUGCUGGUAUUGGAGCCUAUCGUCCGGCCAUAUUCUAUGCAGGAGGCAUGACCCUGAGUGCAUCUUUGUUAGCCAUGCUCAUUCGUCUCAAAACCGAUGCACAGCCGUUCAAGAAGCUCUGA